GGAGAAUGUGUGAAUGAGCAUGUGUAGACUCAGCACUGUGGAGGGUGGCCCAGAGGGGAGCAGCCCCAUUCCCCUUGAAUUCUAAGCGCUUUGCUGAACAUUCCGCUGUCCUAGGAAGUGGGACCCUCGGAUGCUGUGCACAUGACUGAAAUGGAGAACUCUUCAAUAAACUAUGACUAUGCGGAUUACAGCCUGGGUCCUGACCUGCGUGUAGACUGUGAGCCGGGUGGCUCUUGUGAAUCUGUGGACCCUCUUCAGAUCGCUCCGCUGCUUCUUUAUGCUGCAGUUUUCCUAGUGGGUGUUCCAGGAAAUGGGAUCGUGGCCUGGGUGACUGGGGCCACAGCGGGUCGGUCUGCUCCCUCCAUCUGGUUCUUGAACUUGGCCAUCGCCGACUUGCUCUGCUGCCUGUCCCUGCCCCUCAUGGCUGUGCCGAUCAUCGAUCAAGGCAACUGGCCCUUCGGCUCCGCUGCCUGCCGCCUUCUGCCCUCGGCCAUUCUGCUCAACAUGUACGCCAGCGUCUUGCUCUUGGCCGGUGCCAGCAUUGGCCGAUGUCUGGCUGUGCUUCGACCGAGUGGGGCCCAGGACCGUUUAUGGCCGGUGUGGACAGGCUGUGGAGUUGCCUGGGUGCUGGCAUUACUGCUCACUCUCCCCUCAGUGCGGACCCGCCGACUUCACCAGGAAUACUUCCCAGAACGAUAUGAGUGCGUAGUGGAUUAUGGUGGGUCCCGUGAGGUCGAAGGGGCUGUGGUCGGCAUCCGUUUCACUGGGGGCUUUCUUGGGCCACUGGGGGUUGUGGCUGGCUGCCACGGAGUCCUGCUGUUUCACCUGAGAGGGCGGCCAAAGCCCCAGAUCCUGCGCCUGUUGACCUUGGUUGUGAUUGGCUUCUUCCUCUGUUGGACGCCUUAUCACGUGGUAGGGCUGGUGGUAGCCAUUGCAGUCCCUCACUCAGCACUCCUGGCCCGAGCUCUCCAGGCCGAGCCCCUCGUGAUAGGCUUAGCCUUGGCCAAUAGCUGUCUCAACCCCACCUUGUUCCUGUUCUUAGGCCGGGCUCGGAUCCAGAGGUCCCUAUGGGCUGCCUGCCGCCUGGCUCUGGGUGAGGACACGGAAGAGGAGGAUGCUGAUGGGCCCAAAAGUAGCAAGUCUACUAGCGAAGCACUAGUCUCAGAGAUGGUUUAGAUUAAGGAGGAGGGGCGGCUAGGUGGCGCAGUGGAUAAAGCACCGGCCCUGGAUUC